AUGGCUGCCACCAUGGCUCUGUCGUCCCCCUCCCUCGCCGGGCAGGCCGUCAAGCUGGGCACCGCCUCCUCGGAGGUCCUGGGUGAGGGGAGGAUCAGCAUGAGGAAGACCGGCGGCAAGCCCAAGCCCGUCUCCUCCGGCAGCCCCUGGUACGGCCCCGACCGCGUCAAGUACCUGGGCCCCUUCUCCGGCGAGGCCCCAUCUUACCUGACCGGCGAGUUCCCCGGCGACUACGGCUGGGACACUGCCGGGCUGUCCGCCGACCCCGAGACCUUCGCGAAGAACAGGGAGCUGGAGGUGAUCCACAGCCGGUGGGCCAUGCUCGGCGCCCUCGGGUGCGUGUUCCCGGAGCUGCUGGCCCGCAACGGCGUCAAGUUCGGCGAGGCCGUGUGGUUCAAGGCCGGGUCCCAGAUCUUCAGCGAAGGCGGGCUCGACUACCUGGGGAACCCCAGCCUGGUGCACGCCCAGAGCAUCCUGGCCAUCUGGGCCACCCAGGUCAUCCUCAUGGGCGCCGUCGAGGGCUACCGCGUGGCCGGCGGGCCGCUCGGUGAGGUCACCGACCCGCUGUACCCCGGCGGCAGCUUCGACCCACUGGGUCUGGCUGACGACCCCGAGGCCUUCGCCGAGCUGAAGGUGAAGGAGCUCAAGAACGGCAGACUGGCCAUGUUCUCCAUGUUCGGCUUCUUCGUUCAGGCCAUCGUGACGGGCAAGGGACCGCUGGAGAACCUCGCCGACCACCUCGCCGACCCCGUCAACAACAACGCCUGGGCCUAUGCAACCAACUUCGUCCCCGGCAAGUGA